AAUAUGGUGAUGGAGUAAAUGAUCACACAGCACAGAGCACAGGCUGAUACAGCUCAACUGAGACACACUUCGUACUGCUAUACAGUGAAGAGAACACACUCGCACUUCAGGAUGGCUGCUCCUCGUCUUGGUCUGGCUGUAUUCGUGCUGAUGCUUGCUGUCAUUGCUCUGAGCGAAGGUAUGCGUAGCACUGGACCAAGGAAAUGCUGCUCAAGUUUCAAUGAGAAGCCAGUGCGUAAAGAAAGAGUGGUGAGCUACAUCAAGACCAGCCAGCGGUGCCCCAUCCCUGGCAUCUUCCUGAAGACUGUGGUCGGUCGUCAGCUGUGUGUCAGGCCUUCAGCCACCUGGGUGAAAGAGAUUGUCGCCUACCUGGAUGCCAAAACUGUCCCAGGAGAGACCUCCAACCUGUAACCGUGGCAAGACCACAUCUGCAAUCGCAGAACGCGAAGGACAAAAUUUGGCUAGUCAGUGUGUAAUGACGCUGCAACUUUUCAAACUACCGUAGGUCUACAGGGGGCAAUCAUAAGCUAAACAGCAAUUUUCUGUCUAUCUAUCUAUAAGCAAAAUACAGUGACAUAUUUACAUGCAUAACAUUUUAAACUAUUUGUCUGUCAUACUUGAGUAAACAUGUAUGCAUAAUAUAAUUUUAAGUUGCCAUUCCUUCAAUAUGGAUGGGGGUUUUUUUGUACAUUUUCUGAAUUUUUGAUUUAAAAAGUUCUAGUUUGACCGUCAACACUGUGAACUACUGUUUCAUUGUAAUUUGAAUUGACCAACGGAAACUACAUUCACUGAAGAGCUAGCUAAGAGCUAUGCCUCCCACCUCCACCUGUCAUCAGUAGAGUAUAAGCUAUGGGUUACCUCACUGUUUCUACAAUGACCAAUGAAUGAAUUUAAAGUGAUGGUGUUUUUUUUUUUUUCUACAGUCAUGUUUUGAACUUUUACAGACAAGUAACACAAUUUGACAAAAACUUAUUUAUUUCUGUACGCUUAUGCUACUUUGAUUCUCUUUCAUUAAAGCAAGAAAAUAUGUCAAAGUU